AUGAGGCGCGCGUCGCGAGUCAGCGGCUCAUGGCGAGAUAUGUCGCUGGAUGAAGCCCUGGCCAUUGGCUUCCCUGCGAUCUGCCGCUGCGCAGGCUACUGGCCGUCGCAGCGCCUCGUCACCUGUGCUCGCUGGCUCCGGGAGUUGCUCCCGGCUGCGCUCGACGCGCUCAAAACCAACCGCGAGGGGUUGGUUUUGGUGGUGGGAGGUCACCAGGGCCGCGGCUUCGGGCCGCACGAGCCGCUGGCCCGGGCGGAGAUCUGGCCUUCUGGCGCCUGCGCCGGGCCGCGGCAGGGCCGUAGCCACAGCGCCUGCUGCGCCCUGCAGGGCGCGGUCUACGUGCUGGGCGGCCGCGACGCCGCGGAGCAGACCCUCACCUCGGCCUGGGUGUGA